GCCUGCCCAUUCGCUCCGUCCGGCCAGGAGCUAACCUUUCAGCUGAUAAAACCACAAUACGCGAAUGCAGAGGCUGGUCUGAGGCUACGCUGGUCGCAUAUGGCAUGCCAUCCAUUUCCAACGCGGGUGAUACUCGCAAAUAACAUGGUUUUAUACAUUUAUAUAUUCAUGUAUUGCUUUUCAAUACUGUGUACUGCAACAAUAAUUAGCACCGGGACUCAAAAUCUCUUGACUGUAAAACGAUUUGAAUUUUUAGACCAAAAGAACGCAUAUCGAGAUUGUGCAUGGAGCUGGCAGACAACACCAAGUGAUGACCUCAUCGGUACCAAUUAGAAACCAGGAACAAAUAUCACAAGAUCGCGCCUCGUCAUUCCGAAAUACUCCAUUACGACCAGAUCUCGUGCAGCCACUCACCAGUCAGCAGCGAGAGAUGUCGUCACUGUUUACCAGAAACCAACCGUUGUCGCAGCAGCAGCAACAACAACAACAUAUCGCACUAUCGGCAAAAACUGUUCCUUCACGACCGGACAUUUUGCUACAGACUUUCUCGAGUCAACGAAGGCCGUCCGAAAAUGCAAAUGGAAUUAAUUUGGGGCAAACGGGCACCCUUGGCGUACACCAACUGGAGCGGCUUGUAACCGAAACUCAAGAUAAUAGGCUAAAUUUGAACGUCAAAUUUAACGGCGAUGACAAAGUAAACCACCAACGCUACUUUAUAAACGGGUUGAGAUUGAGAAAUAUCCAGCUGCGUCAUUCUACCCCAGAGGCCAAUAUUCGGUUACACAAGUUUGGUGAUCAAACACAAAUCCACAUUUUUAGAAAGAACAACAAUGCCAAUUAUGUCAAAUCAGCAGAUAUCAAUACAAAUUUUGCAAAGAAUAACGGCAUUGAGAUAAAACCCUCUCUAUCCGAGCAUUACAUUCCAGUCGCUGAAAGUAACUCAAAUUCUGCGCAGAGUACCCAUACUGCAACUGGCACACGCGAUCUGAUGAGGUCAGAUGUAUCUGCGCUCCAUGCGCAGUCUUUAACGACUGACAAUGCCGCUGUCGACACCAUAGCCUUCGAAACGAUACCGGAUGUUAGUACCGGCAUGGCAUCAGUGAUCUCCGCACUUCCCAGUUCCCAACCAACGGCUGUAGUUAAAUCGUCCAUAACUCGUUCAAACACUGAAACGCCUGUCCACGAUCCCACGACCUUUUAUACCGUGAAUACAACUGCAAACAUGAGGACCGCGAAACCACUGCCAACCGCCAAUGAAGUAAAGGCUGCCCCAUACACAACUAAUGAGGUAGAAUUAUCGUUAGUAAAAGACAUAGCGAGGACGGUUGUCGAUGCACUCAUGAACGCGAAUAACAUUGGGUUAGUGACUUACAACAGAGAAAAUGCAAGCAACAAUGCAUUACUUUAUACGAAUUCUGACAUUUUUGUUAAAGUCGAUUCCGUCUCGCAGAAAACAACUGACACUGCAAUUAUGAACAAACCAAACAAAAACUCAACCGCCGCAAACGCUUUUCCACAAAAUGAAUCUAUGGUAGCCAAAACGGGCAGUCGACCGAAUAAAACAUCACAAGACCAGGUCAUUUCUAAACACAAUAAAACAACAGUUAAGGCGAGUUCAGCAUCCGAAUCUACAACAUCCGAACCUUUGGCAAGUAUUACGUCAUCCAAUAGCAAAGACGCGCCCACGGAAGAAGCGGACGCACCCGAUGCGCAUGAUGCUGCUGAUACUGGCGGAGGCGAUGCCAAGUGAACAUUUCAAACUUAUAUUUAACACAAUAAAAUCUGUACAUUCUAGUAACAUCGGGCAAUGUUAUAAUGGGUCUUUUUCCAUUUGCAAUAUUGCAUAAAACUUUAAAAAUGUUUCAGUAGUCUCUAGUUUUGUUUUCGCGAAAUAUCCAAAAUUUCAGCUACGACGUUAUUUAUCGCAAUUUUACAAUAUCGCUGGUCGAUAUUAUUCUUUUAUGUACAAAUGAAAUGUGUCACGUCUUUAAAAAAACACUGUUGUUCGAAAGAUGUCAAUGGGAAACCGUUUGCUGAACGCAGCAUAAAGUUGGUGUGUAUAUUAGGUAAUGAAAUCGUGGGUUGAAUAUCGAGUUUUGUUGUAUUCUGCCAAUGCUGUCCUAUUUCUACAUCAAACAUAUAUGGAACAUCAAUUCGCACGUUUCUCAAACUUGCAUUGUGGCUCAUUCCUAACGACUAUCUUAUUGUGAGUGCAUGUGAACUAGAAUUGAUUUAAUAUGUUCCAUAUGCUUCAGUCCAGUCAGUCAUUUAAAUGUAUAAUGAUUUUCAACAUGCACACAUAUUUGUUUUUCAAAACAUCAUUUCACAUAAUUUUUCAUUUAAAUGUUAUAUAUGUUGGAUAUAUGUUUUAACCAUUUAAGCUCAAU